AAUGGGAUGCCGACGUCGCAUCGCGAAAGCGCCCCUUUCUGUUCAGAGACGUCAAUCGAUUUUCCUAUGGUUGAAUCGGUGUGAAUCAUUUUCUGUGAAUUUCAUUAGGAAAUACUUGCGAGCCCGUACACGGAAAACUAUUGAAAAAUGUCUCGUUUCUUCGCCGGUGGUGGUUCGGACUCCGAUUCCGAGAGCUCGUCUGAUAGUGAGGUCGUAGCACGCCCAGCAGCCCCCCAAUUCACGUUCAGUGAUGAGGAAGAGGAUGUCAAACGCGUCGUCCGCUCGACGAAGGAAAAGCGUUACGAAGAUUUGUCCAACAUCAUCAAGAACAUCCGUAACUACAAGAAGAUCAAGGAUAUGUCCAGCAUGCUGACCAGCUUCGAGGAACUGACCAGAGCCCAUACCAAGGCGCUUCCCGUGAUCACCAAGGUCGAGAAUGGCGUCACUCCCCGGUUCAUCAUCCGUGCCCUGGCCGAGCUGGAGGACUUCAUCAACAUGGUUUGGGAGGACAAAGAAGGAAGGAAAAACUUGUCCAAGAAUAACUCCAAGUCGCUGGGAACGCUGCGCCAGAAGUUCAGGAAAUACAUCAAGGACUUUGACAGCGAUCUGAAGAAGUUCCGUGAAUCUCCGGACGCGGCCGAUGACGAUGAGGAAGAAGAGGAGAAGAAGGAGGAAUCUGAGUCGGAAGACGAACAGCAUGUUGCACCAGCAGCAGCUAAAGCAGUUAGCUUCAAGAAGGAAGUAAAGCAAGUGAAGGUCGAGAAAGAUGACGACGAAUCGGAUGAUUCUAUUGAUUGGGACAUGGAUUCCGAUUCGGAUGAAAGCUCGUCGGAUGAAGAAACUCAGUACACCAGCAUCCGUGAGCGUUUCUUGAAGAAGGCCGAAAAGGACGACGGGGAAGAUGCCGAAAACAAAAAGGAAAAGAAGAAGCUCCAGAAGGAUUCUAAGGAUAGGCUUAAGAAAAAGCGUGCCGAAGAUGACGAUGAAGGGUGGGAAGUGGUCAAUGGAAACCGAUCGACAAGUGCCGAGCAGCCUAAAAUGUUCGCUAAAGAUGCCGAGAUCGAUGUCAACGUAGUGAUCAAUAAGUUGAAUGAAGUGAUGGCCGCCCGUGGUAAGAAGAGAACCGAUCGUAAACUGCAGAUCGAAUUCCUCAGGGAACUGCGCACCAUUGCCGAUACCCAUAAUCUGGGAGAUGCCGUGGCCGCUAAAAUCCGUUUCAACAUUGUUUCGGCCAUUUUCGACUACAAUCCAAAGGUCUCGGAACCGAUGAAGUUGGAGCACUGGUCGAAGUUGCUUGAGGAAAUUCAGGCACUGAUCAAGCUCCUUCUGGCCAACGAUGAUAUUGUCUUGUCUGAAACGAUUCUGGAAGAGAAUGAAGAGUACGAAACGGCUCCCUACAAGAUUCGAGGUUGCAUUCUGACUGCCGUGGAAAGACUUGAUGAUGAAUUCACCAAACUGCUGAAGGAAUGUGAUCCUCACAGCAACGACUAUGUCGAUCGUUUGAAGGAUGAAGUUACCGUUAGCAGCGUGAUUGAGCAGGUGGUGAAAUACAUUGAACGCCUCGGAAACGACACGGAAACCUGCAGAGUCUAUUUGCGCAAGAUUGAUCACCUGUACUACAAGUUUGACCCUAAUGUGCUGAAAAAGAAGAAGAAGGAACUCCCGGCCAGCACUCUGACUUCCGUUGAUGAGAUGGAUCGCCUUUGUCGCUUUGUCUACGCCAAGGAUCAAACUGAUCGCUUGCGAACUCGUGCCAUCCUGUCGCACAUCUUCCAUCACGCUUUGCACGAUAACUGGUUCCAGGCACGCGACUUGGUGUUGAUGUCCCACUUGCAAGAAACCAUCCACCAUUCGGAUCCGCCUACCCAAAUCCUGUACAAUCGUACCAUGGCCAAUUUGGGUCUGUGCGCCUUCCGCCACGGCAACGUUAAGGAUGCCCAUCAGUGUUUGGUGGAUCUGAUGAUGACUGGCAAGCCGAAGGAGCUGCUCGCACAAGGUUUGGUUCCUCAGCGUCAAAACGAACGCUCGUUAGAGCAGGAGAAAGUGGAAAAGCAACGUCAGAUGCCUUUCCAUAUGCACAUCAAUUUGGAAUUGCUGGAGUGUGUGUAUUUGGUAUCGGCCAUGCUGCUUGAGAUUCCAUACAUGGCUGCCCAUGAAUUCGAUGCCCGUCGCCGUAUGAUUAGCAAAACCUUCUACCAGCAAUUGAGAUCCUCAGAGAGACAAUCUUUGGUUGGUCCACCGGAAUCCAUGCGUGAACAUGUAGUUGCUGCCGCCAAAGCAAUGCGCCACGGAAAUUGGAAUGCUUGUUCCACCUUCAUCGUCAAUAAGAAGAUGAAUGUUAAAGUUUGGGAUCUGUUCUACGAAGCCGAUCGCGUUCGUGAAAUGCUGAUCAAGUUCAUCAAGGAAGAGUCGUUGCGCACCUAUUUGUUCACUUAUUCCAAUGUGUACGCUUCGAUUAGUGUGCCUUACUUGGCGGAAAUGUUUGAACUUCCCAAGAGCAAGGUCCAUUCGUUGAUCAGCAAGAUGAUCAUUAACGAAGAACUGAUGGCAUCCCUGGACGACCCGACCGAAACAGUGGUCUUGCAUCGUUCGGAACCUUCACGCCUACAGGCUCUGUCUAUGCAGCUCUCCGACAAGGUCACAAACUUGGUCGACUCCAAUGAACGUAUCUUCGAAAUGAAGCAAGGCAACUUCUUCCAACGUGGUGGAAAUCAAGGUUACAACCGUGAUCGCCAAAACUACCGCAACCAAAACCAGAAUCAAAACUGGAGCGGCAACCGCCGUCAGGAUAACCGAGAGAACCGUGGUAACCGUAACCAAAAUCGCGAUCGCGAUCACCGUAAACAGCAUCGUGUUGAAUUCGAAGAGAAGGCUGAGUAAUCGGCUAGGGAACGCCGGAUUUGUAUUCCUAGUGGAAUAUAAGGAGCAGGGAGGUAUUAGGCGCAACAGCAUCGUACAUUUAAAGAAAACAUUUGCCUAAGUGUAGCAGUCUUAUUAAUUUGGCUAAAGUAUAAAUAUCCAGCAAUAGAAUGAAUGCAGAAAUAUACAAGUGUUGGUUUCCCGA